AUUCUCUCUCUUGACAUUUGUGUGAUUUACGUUUACAGGUACAUUGGUUUAUGGGCUCUUGACUCUAAUUCAUCCUUCUUGUUGAAAUAUUUGUACUUCGUGUAUAACAAGUUUAUUUUGAUAAUUAUGAUCAUCUUCAUGGUGACACUAUUAGCUGACAUUUUUUCGAACUUCAACGAUCUGUCGAUCGUUACGGAUGAUGGAUGCAUCUUUGCUGGGAUCGUCGUCGUAUUUUUCAAAGUGAUAAUCUUCCAAAUUCGUCGUGAGCAGAUCGUGCGAUUGCUCCACGAGACUAUCGACGGCUGCAAUCAACUUUGCAAAUUUCCUGUUGGCGGCGAGGACAAAAUUCUGAACAAAUAUCUGCUGCUCUGUCGCGUAUCAUUCUACGGGUUCAGCACGUUGGGCCUUUUCCUCGUUAUCGCCUUGCUCUUUCUCGUGCCCGUGGAGAACGGUGAACUUCCGGUCAGGGCACGGUACCCCUUCGACACGACCAAAUAUCCGUGGCACGCAAUCGGCUUCUUCGUCGAAGCCUGCACCAUCUCCGUCGGAGUGACGGCCAUCAUCGGGAUGGACAGUCUACACACUAAUUUUUGCAAUCUGUUUCUCGUACAACUCGGGAUAUUGAGCGAGCAUUUCAAGAGUUGCAGCAGCAAUAGCAGCCGACGAGACGCACCGUCAAAUGGAAACGAUUUGACGAACAUCAUUUGUGGGAACGCUUGUUACAAGAUGUUCUCUUCCACAGUUGAAGAAAGGAACCGCGAAAAAGAUAAUUAUAAACCAAACGAGAUUCACCGCGGCAGCUUCGUCAAGCAGUUCAGAAGAUCUGUCCGCAACCAUCAAUGUCUUCUCGUUAUAAUAGACAAGUUCAACAAGGUCUUCAACGCCGCCAUGUUCGUCCAGAUGCUCUCGAGCACCUCGAUGAUUUGCCUAACCGGCUUCCAAAUCGCUCUGGUCAAAGGCCAGAGUUCCAAUACCUAUAAGUUUUUGAUAUACCUGGCGGCGGCCGUCUCGCAGCUCUUCUACAUCUGUUGGGUAGGAAACGAAGUGAUGUACCAGAGUGGGUUGCUAACGCAAAGUCAGUGGCUCUCGGGAUGGACUGAUGAACUCUCUGCAAAGACCGGACGUAUAAUAAAUUUAGCCAUGAUAUUCGCGAAAAGGACGUUAAAUCUGAAAGCAGGUUUCUGUUACGUCUUAUCUAUGGAAACAUUUAUCACAAUUUUACGGGGCUCGUAUUCUUUCUUCGCUCUGCUGAGCACCAUGCAGUCGGAAGGCGAUCAGUGAAUCCAACAACCUCUCGGUUCUAGUUAUCGCGUAGCUCAACGUCUGAGGUCUAACGUAAGUGCAUUGGAGCAACACGUGCACUAACAUGUGCAUCGCCGAUCCGGAACGAAGUGAGUUUACCAUUAUUGUUAUGAAGCUAUAUACAUAAAUACAAAGUAUAUUGAAUCUUUUGUUCGAGCUUUGUUGGAACAAAGUUUUUGUUGGAAUAUUGACAGAGAAAAUUGAUAUUGACGAAUAUGUACUUAAUCGCAAGCUGUA